AUGGGAUUUUUCAAGCGUAAUAUUAACGAAAACAACAAAAAGCGGAAGUUACCAGCUACUGGCAAUACAAGAAAGGGGAAAUUUCUUCAACAAAAAGGUAAAAAUGAAAGGAAAUUUGAAGAUGAAGAAAUUCCUUCUGAUGAUGAUGGGGAAGAAAGAAGUAUUGAUUUAAAUCAAAGUAAUGAGGAAAAUUUAAAUGAGAUUGAACAAACUGAAGAAAAUGAUACACAAUAUGAAGAUAAUCAAACAUUAACUUUUCGGGAGGCUAAAAAAUUGGUUGAAAGUAUUGAGGUUCCAUCAGCUAGUCAAGAUUUGGAUGAUUUUGAAGGAGUUACUGAACCAUUAGAAUCUCAACAAAAAAGGAAGGAAGAAUUAAAAUCUGUACAAUCUCAUCAAAAAAUUGCCGACUCAAUUAAAAUUGAUGAAAAGAACUCUUUUAGUUAUCGUCCUCACAAACUUUCACCAAUUUGUGUUUGUUUUUCGCAUUCAGGGAAUUUUAUUGUUUCUUGUUCAAAAGAAGGAUCAAUUAUAAAAUAUGAUUUAAAAAAACGCUGUCGUGUUGGUGUUCUCUCUUCUAUUUUAUCCAAAAAUAAGAAUAAUUUAAAAUUAAAAUGCUCUCAUGUUGCCAAUGAAAAUCUACAUAGAGGACGAGUAUUGUGUUGUGAAAUAUCCCCUAACGAUCAAUUUUUGGUUACCGGCGGUUCUGAUAAUUUAAUAAAGUUUAUAUUAUUUUUAAUUUAUUUUAAUUUAUUUUUAAGGAUUUGGGAUUUUGAAAAGCUUGUUUUUAUAAAAGAUUUUGAUGGACAUCGAGGUCCUGUCAAUUCUCUUCGGUUUAGACAAAAAUGUGAUUCUAUUGAAUUAUUUUCUGCAAGCACGGAUAGAUCAAUUAUUGUUUGGAAUAUGGAUGAAAUGGGUUUAAUGAAUAGAUUAUAUGGUCAUCAAGAUGUAAUUGAGCAACUAGAUAUUUUACAAUGGCCAAGAGUUCUUAGUUGUGGGGGAAUGGACAAAUCCUGUCGUCUAUUUAAAGUGAUAGAAGAAUCCCAUCUAGUUUUUAAUGGUUUUACUGAUUGUAUAAGUAUUGACUGUGUUGCAUUAAUUAAUGAAGAACAUUUUAUUUCUGGUUCUGCUGACGGUUCUUUAUAUAUUUGGUCAAUGUCAAGAAAAAAGCCCGUUUUUGUUAAGCGAAAGGCUCACGGUUUUCAUUCAAUGCCGCAAAUCCAAAACUCUAACAACGAAAUGGAUGUUGACUUAAUGGAAAAUUUAAACACAAGAAAAGCCAACAAAACUGUGGGAGAACCAAGAUGGAUAUGUUCUGUGGCUGCUUUGCCUUAUACAGAUUUAGUUGCUAGUGGUAGCAGUGAUGGCUUUCUUCGUUUAUGGAGAGUCGGACAAGAUUGGAAAUCACUCGAUCAAAUUGCACAAUUUAAUAUGCCAGGUUUUAUCAACGAUAUUCGCUUCUCAUAUAAUGGAUGUUAUAUUGUCUGUGCAGUUGGCCAAGAACACAAACGCGGUCGUUGGUGGACUUUGAAAGAAGCUAAAAAUCGUAUUAUGAUCUUGAAAUGAGGGAAAUAGGAGGGGGAGAUGAGUCAAUUGAAUUGGAUGAGCCAAAUGUUGGUAGGGAAGAAGAGAAGGAAAUG